ACGUGUAUAACCAGCCUUAGAUUUCAGUAGAGGAAGAACGCGGAGACGUCACAUCGGAGAGAUGCAACCAGCAGUAGCUGCUUCACCACUAAUCACAUAACAUUAACAUAACUAGCUAGGACAAGCUAACGUAGCCUGCUACAUAAUUCGCCUGUGAAAUAUCAUACAUCCGGAAAGGCAAAUCUGCAAGAAACAGACGAAAUAUUCAUAAACGGUGCUAAACGGAAAACAAUAUAACGGCCAUAUAGCUACAGUUAUCGUGGCUUCUUCUUGCAUCCAACUGGCAGGCUAUUUUGGCAAGCUAGCGAAGCCAACGAUAGCAAACUCUGCCUUGGCUAGCGUCAGGCUAGCCAGCUAGCUAGCUAGCUAGCUACUAACGUCGCUAACGGUAGUAACGUUAAGCUAGCUAGCGAGCUGUAGUGACUUGCGUCAUGGAUGAACUAGUCGUGGAAGUGAGGGGAACAAGUGGGGCCUUUUAUAAGGCCUUUGUGAAGGAUGUUCACGAAGGAUCCGUCACUGUGGCAUUUGAAAACAAUUGGCAGCCAGAGCGUCAAAUCCCAUUCCAGGAUGUUCGUUUUCCUCCUCCAACAGGACUCUGCAAGGAGAUAAAUGAGAGCGAUGAAGUCGAGGUAUAUUCCAGGGCUAAUGACAAGGAGCCAUGUGGAUGGUGGCUGGCCAAGGUUCGCAUGGUCAAAGGAGAGUUUUACGUAAUAGAGUACGCGGCAUGUGACGCUACAUUAAAUGAGAUAGUGACGCUGGAGCGGUUACGGCCGGUCAACCCCAAUAAACCAGCCACCAAAACCACCUUCAUCAAGAUCCGACUGGAUGUACCGGAGGAUCUCCGACAGAUGUGCUCCAAGGAAUCAGCACACAAAGACUUUAAAAAGGCCGUGGGAGCUUUCAAUGUCACCUACGACUCAGAGAAAAAGCAGCUGGUCAUUUUGUCUGUGAAUGAGGUCACGACGAAGCGGGCCAAUAUGAUGAGCGACAUGCACUUCAGGAGCCUCCGCACCAAACUGUCACUCAUGCUGAGGAACGAAGAGGCCAACAGACAACUGGAGAGUUCCAGGCAGCUGGCGUCGCGGUUUCAUGAACAGUUUGUGGUUCGGGAUGAUCUAAUGGGUCUGGCCAUCGGGACUCACGGGGCUAACAUUCAGCAAGCACGUAAAGUCCCGGGAGUCACUAACAUAGACCUGGACGAGGAGACGUGCACCUUUCACAUAUAUGGAGAGGACCAGGACGCUGUCCGUAUAGCGAGGAGUUUCCUGGAGUUCUCUGAAGAUGUCAUCAAAGUACCCCGGAACUUAGUAGGGAAGGUGAUUGGCAAAAACGGCAAACUGAUCCAGGAAGUGGUUGAUAAGUCUGGGGUGGUCCGGGUUCGGAUUGAGCCUGAGAAUGACAAAAAGCCCUCAGCACUCGCAGCAGCAGCAGCAGACGAUGGACUGGUGCCAUUUGUAUUUGUGGGGACCAAGGAAAGCAUCUCCAAUGCUACAGUACUUCUGGACUAUCACCUCAACUACCUUAAGGAGGUGGAUCAGCUUCGUCUGGAGCGUCUCCAGAUCGACGAGCAGCUGAGACAGAUAGGAGGCGGAGGGGGAGGAGGAGGGACGGGGCCCCGAACCCUCAAAGACAAAACCUACGUGUUCGAUAAUGGCAUGGGGCUGGGCAUGGGGAGAGGAGCAGGGGGAGGUGGAGGAGGAGGAGGGAAGCCCUACGGAGCAGGGGGAGGAAGAGGUGGCAGAGGGCGAAGAGGAGGAGGUGCAGCUUUUGCCUCAGGCACCAACUCGGAGGCAUCCAACGCUUCAGAGACGGAGUCCGACCACAAAGACGAGCUCAGCGAUUGGUCGCUGGCCCCCACCGAGGAGCUGAUGACAGGAGGCGGGACCCUGCCCAGACGGACAGAUGGGAGGAGGAGAGCAGGCGGAGGAGGACUGCGUGGACGAGGGGGGAGAGGAAGAGGAGGAGGGGGUUACAAAGGUGAUGACAUGCAGUGGAGCGAGCCAAGACCUCGUCAUGUCAGAGACCCCAAGACAAGAGCGCAGGAAGACACUCUACAGAUUCGUGUGGACGGCAACGAGCGCAGCGUGCAGCACUCCUCGGGGGGGCGGGGAGGAGGGCCUUCCUCAUCCCAGGGCGGCGGCGGUGCCGGCGGCGAGGGCCCAUCUCGCCAUUACCAUCCGAGACCCAUCAGAGACCGAGGGAUGAAGAAAGACAAACAGGACGCUCCUCUGCUGGUGAACGGAGUGUCGUAGAUACACCACUGGAGGACUGUCUCGCUUAGUCACACACACACACACACGUACACACACACACACACACAGGCAACCUGUCAUAAACAUGUUAGAAUCUCUCUCGCUUUUUCUUUCACUGUUUUUGUCAAACACACAAAUACACGUAUUUCAUCAGCAUGGAGGAGUGUAAUGUAGUGCCGUCAUAGACCAGAGACAGUCUGGUAUCUGCUGGUCUGCUCUGUUGAGGUCUGUUGAUUGUACUGGUCUGGUUUGUUCCUGACUCUUCAGGCAUCUCCUGCUCUUCUCUGGAGUGCCAAAUAAAAGAAACCGUACUUUUUUGGACAUUGAGGAAAAGAAGAGGAGGGAUUUGACUAAAGCUCAUCUCUUACAGAGGCAUUACCCCCAAAACAUGCUCCCCUACACAUCAAAGGCAAAUGAUUUUCUGCUCUUUUUUUAACUAAAUUGGAUGAUUUCAUUCUUUUUCCUACUGCCCUGUUUGGACUUGCUCACACCAGAACAAAUCAAGGGAAUACUUGGUUGACAUGGACACUUUGAAAUAUGAAAUAUGUGUUCCCUCCCUCCUGCUGUACGCUUUAAACACAUUUUUUACUGCAGAUGUUUAAUGUAGAGAUGAUCUGACAGCACAGUUGUUGUUUUUUGGGGUGGUCUAAAAGCCUCAAAACCCAACACUUGGGAGUCAGCUGCCCACAGCAUUGCGUUUCUAACAUCACUAGGCCUAUACUGAGUCAUUUAGCGUCUUUCGGGUGCAUCGCCACAGAGACUUUUGAACUUCAUUCUAUAAUGCGACAUCUUUUUUCACAUGUGAGAAAAACAUAGAGCUUUCAGGCUGGGAGAAUGCGGUUGCAGAGGGCACUUUGUUUUGGGAUAGUCAUUUGAACCCUGGUCCCCAUUUUGACAAGUCAAAACCUGCCUUUGGGAUCAGCAAAGUGGAGAGGAGUUUCGGGAUGAAGUGCGAACGGGCGUGCAUGGGCAUGGAAUUGCCAACAUUACUUACCUCGUCGUUUUAAGUCACCUGUGUUUCGUUUCCUCCUGAUAAGAUGAUGUAACAUUCGUUCAGUCUUUUGGACUGUCAGACCAGGCAUGAAUUCAACAAGAUAUUAGACUUACCAAUGGGGAAACAUAAAUCUGAGGCACUCUGAUGCAAACAUUAACUAGCUUACCUCCUAAGAGUCUCGAACAGGGUACAACAUGUCAUGCACUGCUGUUAUUUUUCAAAAUGGAUCGCGUGUGAAAAUGGAAAAAUGAUUAGGCCAACAGUGACUGGGAAUCCACAUUUAAAAGCAAGACGCAAGGGACACUUGAGCACUACUGAAGCGCUCAGUCCAUUCGGUCCUCACCGCUCUGCUCGGCCAUCUUUAACCUCCAAACCACCUGUCAGCAGCAGCUUCUGACAUGCUGUAAGGACAGCUACUGGGCAAACUGUCUUUACAACUGUCAGUUGCAUUGGACGUUUUUUAUGAUUCUCCCAAUACUCCUUUAUCUCAUAGACCGGUUUACACAUCCUGUACCAGACUGGUGAGAGCCUUUUCAACCUCAACAGUGGGCUAUUUCACAGAGAGGGCUUAGUCUGGAAGCCAGACUUACUUUGCUUAGUUCCUCACUCAACAAAAAACUCUCGGAGGAUGCCGGUGAAAUUAUUACAGUUACUUUUGCUUUCAGUCAAACCUGGUGGUUAGCUUGCGGGAAUAAGGCGGCAACAUCGUGAAUGUAGAACCUGAUUACAUGAGCUUUUCUUUAAUUUAUGAAAACCUUUGUAUUUAACCUUUUUUUUGUUUCGCAUUUAGAAAUCCUGUUUGAAGUAUUAAUGUAGAAGAAACAACAUUUCGUUGAUACCUUGACAAAAUAAAAAUUUGCUGUAAGUUUUA